AUGACAUCGAUCUCAGCAGCAAGCGCACCUGCGCACCCCCAUCACUGGAGCGGCGGUAUUAACAGUUACCUGUCGGCAAACAACAUAGACUGCAAAUCCGCAACACCCAUCACGGCCGGCACGUCCUGCUACCUAUGGCGGCUGGACGGCUUCCUGUGCCCCUCGCACCCAGUGGAGUCGCCGGCCGUGCUCAAGUGCGCCGACUCGACGCCCAAGUUCAGCGACGACGCCGUCUCGCCCGCCCGGCUGGCGAUCGAGAUCCGCGCGCUCAACUCGCCCGUGGUGGGCGCCGCGACGAGGGCCGAGCCGUCGGUCCGCGUGCCCACCGUGCUGCGCGAGACGGCAAAUGGCCUCGUCAUGUCCUGGGCUGGCGACGUCAACCUGCUCGAGGCGUUUACCAAAGGCCUGCCUCUGAACUACGCCGACAUCGGUGCCCGCAUCGGCAGGUGGCUGGGUAAUCUCCAGACGGCAGGGAUGAAGGCGGGCCCGAGCGGUUUUGACCUAGUCAACCCGGAGCUCGCCCGCUUUUACAACCCCGGCGGGUACUUGGAUAUGCUCGUCAAGUCUGCCAUCCCCGAUCCUGCCGAAAGCGCCGCGGUACUGGCGUCGCUGCGCGCGGCGCAGACGGCUCGGACGCUGACGGCGUGGGACUUUAGGCCAAUGAACAACCUGCUAUCCUCGGCGAGCGGCCCCAGGCCGGAAAUUUACAUUGUCGACUGGGAACUGGCACAGUUUGGCGAGGCGGUGGGUGACGUGGCCAUGUGGGCGGUUGAGGCCAUGGUUUUAGAAGACAAGCACGGGAACCACGGAAUGCUGGAGGGAUUUUUGAAGGCUUACAAGGCAAAUUCGGCUGGGAUCAUCAAUGAAGCGUUUGAAGCCAAGGCCGGGAUGCUUACCGGAGUUAUGUUGACCUAUUUUAUGCGCAUCGCUCCUCGACUUUGGGGGAGUACCGAGGAGGAGGUUACGCACUGGCGGCAGAGGGCAGUAGAGUUUUUACGGGCCGGCGCUAAGAGGGACAUGAAGUUUUUGAAGUCGAGCGAGAUUGGGACUCUGAUGCGGUAG